GUGAUCGAUCGUCCAGGAACACGCGCAGCAAUCGCCUGUCACAAAGUAUAAACAAAACGCGUGGUUUCCGUUUCCACCAGAAAUAUUGAGCGUGGCUCAUUUUAGCUUGCAAGAGGAACGAUGCAGACAUGGAUAGCUGUCACAUGACCGGCUUACUACACAUAGCUGGACUGUAGAGCAGGGACAGUGGCUCUACUUAAUGCUGACAAGCACCAGUCAUGGAAACCAAGGCAAUGCUACCAGACUCAACGCAGUCAGAAACCAUGCCCGCUGGAACCUCAUCAGCUGCCAAUCAUCCACCAUCAACCAGGGAUGGUUCCUCAGGGAGUAACAGCAAAGGAAAGAAGAGUGACGGCAGCAAGAAAAAGAAGAAGCGGAAGUCUGAGGAGAGGACAGCCAAGAACAGCAAGAAGAAGAAAAUGGGAAAAGAGAAAUCUCACAAGGAGCAGAAAUCAUCCAAGAAAUCUAAGAAAGGUGAUCAACCAGCUAAGAAGGUGGAGCCGGUGGAGCAAGACUCUGAUCUAGAUCUUGAGAAUGAGGUGAAGCCGAUACGAGACUACAUCCAGGAUAGGGAGGAGAUGCUACAACAUAUGUUCAAAUGUGUCAUGAAAGCAGACAAGCUGCAAGCCAUGUUGCCUGAUAUACUCAAGGAUGUUAAGGUGGAAGAGUUACAGCAACUCUGUCUGCUGCAGUUGGAAGGCAUGUCCAAAUCUAGAGUUAUGUCCAUCUUGGCAGGUGAAGAGAUGCAGUCGUCGUCUGAUGACGAGGAGUCUGACUUGGAAGUGGAGCAGGACCCAUCAAAAACGGAAGACGCAGAGGAUAACCUCAUCAACAGUGAGGUGGUAGACUCUACCUCCAGCCUGCCUCAAGCCUCCAUGUCUGUAGCUGAUGUGGAGGAGGUUAUGUCAAUGCAUGAUGUAGAGGAGGAAGCGGCUGGAGAGGAGGCUGGAGAGGGAGAUAGUGAUGCAGAGGAUAAUGCAGAAGGUGAAGGGGAAGAAGAUGAUGUAGCCAGCCCUGAUAACAGCUGGCAAGACGGCAGUGAGAGGCAUCACAGAUACUCAGAUGAAGAUCAAGACUUGAACGAGGAUAAUGAUGACAUCAGACAUCAUGAAGGAGAGAGCGACUCAGUUGCAGAGAUGGACAGAGAGGAAGAUCAGGAGGAGGAAAUUGAGGAGGAGACGGUGGUCCAGAAACCCAAGAAGUACCGUCGUAUCAAGAUAGUCCGUGCCGAUGGGGAAGAAUGUGAGGAAGGAGAGAUUACAAGUGAUGAAGUGGAAACUGAUGAAGAAAGUGUUCACUCCAGCAAAGAGGCUGAUGAGGACACGCCAAAGCCAGAGGGUGACACAGGGGAUGCAACACCCCUGGACACACACCCUGGGGCAGAUACAGGGGAGGGUGAGGCCAGCGAGGAACCUGGUGAGUCCGUGGGAGUUCCUCAAGAUGUCAAGAGAAGUCUGCCAAACUCAGGUAACCAUGGAAACGACGCCAACAAUGACAACGUUUCAGUUGACGAUGACAGCAGUGCUCAUGUUGAUAUGGAUGUCAGUGUUACUAAGGAUCUUGUGAGCGAUGAUCAGAGUGUUGCCGACGGUGCGAUUAUGAACAAAACAACGUCUGAUGGCAGUAAGGCCAAUGCAGCCGUGAGUGCGUCUGUUGGUGCAACUGUCGCGGUGCCCGUUGGCGUGACCGUCGGCAAGGAUAUUGUGGAUAACAGCCUCAAUAUCUUUGCCGAGGACAAGUUGGAAAUGGAUUCUGAGGAAAACGUUGUGCAUGAUUCGGAUCAGGAAUGUUUAGUCGAAGACGGUGAUAACAAGGUCAAAACAAAUGAUGUUGACAGUGACAGUACUAGUGAUAACGUUAAUGAGGAGAAAAUCAAUGAUGAAAAUGACAGUGAGUCAGAAAACAGUGAAAACGCUUCAGACGCUAUCGAACAUGUUGAGAGAAAGCCCCAGACCCCACAGCCUGUCACCCAGGUACAGGGGGCCAUUGGAACGGCAAAGUCGUCAGGACGGAAAGUUGCUCAAGAACUUGAAGUGCUAGAGUUGGAACUGCGUGCCAGGGCCAUUCGGUCACUCAUGAAACAGUACAGGAAGGACGUGGGAUGAAAACACCCCCCUCUAAAAAAACCGUGCCACUUUUUGUUAUUAGUUGUGAAUCAUCAAGGAGUCUGCGCAAGUUCAAGGGUGCUGACUGUGGAUUAUAGCCGUGUCCUUGAGCAACCCAGUUUACACAAUCAACAUCUAGUUCUUUGACAACAGGGAAAUUUAAGGAAGGAGCCCUUUUAUUUCACAUAGUAAAUGCUUGAUGAUAAAGAACUUUGUCUUCAGCGAAACGUUUAAAACAGAUUCUUGGCAUGACAUAGUUUGCCAUAUUUCAGUUCCAACAUACAAUGACAGCCUUGGAGGUUUUGUUUUUAUGAAGAAGGACCUCUUCACUGUGUUUCAAAGUGUAGAGGUCAAACUGAACCUGUUAAUUUGUAAUUAGUGCCUCAAUCGUCAAGUUGUCGCAUCGUAGCGACAGUGCAAAUGAUUCAGAUGUCUGCCUUCCGCACGAAAUAUUAAACGUUUAAAACAGUUCUUUUACAGUAACCCUCUAAAAUAUCUUUAAGACCGGAAAUCAGUGAACCAAACAUUCCAUUUGGCUGAUCGGCCCGUUGUUAAUUUAAACUGACUGCUUUUAAAAAAGAUUAUGAACAAGUGAAAAAUGUUACUUUUGUAUGAUCAGAUUUUAAAGCCAAUAAGAAUCCAUCUGGUUGACUGUAAUUGUGCCAUAGCGCCCUCUAUUGUCUGGAAUAAAUCAGGUUUCUUCUUGUAGAUCCAA